UGAAGAUAAUAACAAGCAAAGCCCUUUUCAAAACAAUAAUGAAAAGUCUCACAUUUGAUACCAACCAGCAUAUUAAUUAAAAAAAAUACAGAAGGAUAUAUGAUUAAUAAGUUUGAAUAUUUUCUUACUUUAUCACAAAUUCAGCAUCAGUGUCAGCUUUUGGUAAAUGAAAGAACUUUUCUAAAUUUCUUUUUUAUUAUUAUUUUUAUUAUUAUUCUUUUUUUAUACAGUCUAUGUUUUUCAACAUUAUAUGUGAGCCUGACUAAUUGUGUAAUUGUAAUUUUAUAUAUUUUGCUCAGGGGCACACAGCUGCGAAUGGCUGAUGGCCUCCAGCACAGUGUGUGUCUCACUUUUUAGCCUCUGGAGAUAAUUUUGAUCCAUAAUGGAAACCGCAAGCUCUAAAUACAGUUUCAUUUGUCUUCUGCUCUUCAGACUUUAUGUGCUUAAUGACAUCUCACACAACACAAUGAAAAGUCCUUUCUUCUCAGCAUACUUCAGUGAACUUGUCAAACUGGAAAAGAUUGGCGCUGAGGAUGCGUUAAGACAGUUGAUGACACACACAAACAGCUUGGCAGCUUGGCUGACAAGAGCAAUAUAUCAUAAGGUAAUACAUAUGCGUCUGUGAGCAAUAAUGAGAGGAGGGGCCAGGUGCUGACAGUCACAAAACCUUCGAGCACUUGCUCUUGUUGAGAGUGCAACAGUGUAACUGACAAUUUCUGUUUAGUUUGUCACAGCCGUUUGCCUUGUGUGAACACACUGAGCUGUGACUGCAUGACUGAAUCAACAAAGAGAAAUAACAAAGUAAAUUUAAACUGAAUGAUAUCUGCAGUACCCAGGAACUGAGGAGACUGGAUGGAACCUCCAAUGUUGGGCCGUAAGCGGCCUCUGUUUUUUGGACAUGAAAAUGAGCCUCCGCUGUACACAAAGAAAUGUUUGGCUGGUCUUAAAACUCUGCUGGACAGAUAUCAGAGUGACAGCAGAGCCACACAGCAUGCCAGACUACAGAUGAGCUGUUGUCACCUCCACACACGCAAAGCCUCUGUGAAUGCAGAGACUGACAAUAAGCGUCUCUUUGAGCAGAUAUUGUUGUGGGCUGAUACCCAACGCUCCGCAGGGAAAGUGCUGGAGCAUCUCAAGUUAAGACAAGCCACUGAUGACAUUUUCCUAAAUGACCCAGUUAACAACAAAUUUUUGGCGUUCCACCAUGACUUUACUGAGGAAUGUGGCUCAGAGGUUAAACAGCAUUCAUGGGCUGUUAUUGAGAAACAGGAGGAGGUUAUCAUGUAUGGACCUUAUUACCCCAACUACAACAACGGACAGCACAGUGAGGACAUCAUUAUUAAACAAACACAGGAACUUCUAGAGUCAGAGGAGGUCUCAGAAGACUGGAAGGUGUAUGUUUUCACCAUAAACAGCCCAUGUUUGGCUAGAAACACUGACCCAUGCAUGUUGAACCUGAUUCAGAAAGCUCAGGAGUGGUGGACUGUGUACGGAGUAAAGACUCAUAUUGGUUAUGUGAGAUGCUGGGGCUUCAAAGGAACCAAAGAAAAUCUGUUCAGAGACAUUGACUACAGCCAAGUGGACUGUAUAAAUCAGACCGAGGACCAUGAGGACUACAUUAAAGCAGCUGACAAGAGAACUGGCCUCAAUCCUUUAUGUAAAAAUCUGAGUUCUGCUGUGAAACACCUCCUGAGAUCUGUAAAUCUCAGUUUCUCCUUGAUGACCUCUGUGCAGGGGCAGGACUGGAAGAGCUACUUUGAAAAAAUGCACAGUAUUUUUGAGUGCAAACCAGAGGACGAGAAAACAGUCUUCACGCAGGAGCUGAACGCCACGAUCGAAGCCGCACAAGCUCUGCUUUCAGAGAGAAGUGGAAGUUUUGAGGAACACCUAGAGAGUGGGAAGGCAUUUGCGCUCGAUUACACUUUUAGUCCACAAGUAUCUGACGCCCUGCAGGAUCAAAUGAGACUCACAUUUCAACAGUGUUGGAGGGAGAUGGUACAAGACAAGUAUGCAGAGCUAAUAAGGGAGAAGCUGACUGAAGACUUCAAUCAACGUGCUGUCCAGCUUUUUAUCAAAGAUAUUGCCAAGUUCACAAACAAAUACUUAGAAAUCGGAAGGAUACAGUUUCCAGAAGAAGUCAAAAAACCUGCAAGUUGUUAG